AUGAAGUCAAUCCUCAUCGUCGGUGCAACUGGAGCUCAAGGCGGCGCCAUUCUUCGUCACCUGUCCAGCACUGGCCAAUACAACAUUACAGCUUUCACCCGCAGUGCCACCUCACCCAAGGCUGUCGAACUGGCGGCCCUGCCCAACGUCAAGAUCGCUGUUAGUGACGCAGCGACUGGCUAUGACACCAAAGCCUUCCUCGCAGCUGCCACGGAUGUUGACUACGUUCUGGUGAACACUGAUGGAUUCGCACUUGGCGAACAAGCCGAGAUUUAUUGGGGCAUCCGCUUGUUUGAAUUAUCUGCUAGAGCUGGGGUGAAGCAUUUUAUUUACAGUGGUCUUGACUCUGUUGGGCCCAGGACUAAUUAUGAUCCUGAUCUCUAUGUUGGACAUUAUCAAGGCAAGGCUAGAAUUCAAGAUUGGAUCCAUGCACAGAAAGACGUUAAAAUGCAGUGGACAAUUAUCAGAUCAGGCCCAUAUAUGGAACUUCUUUCUGCAGUCAUGUCCCCCGCUAUUGAACAGGAUGGUUCGCUCACGUUUCAACUUCCCCUCGACAACGGCUCCAUCCCAUUCAUUCAUCUCGGCGACUUUGGCAAAUAUGUCAACUGGUCCUUUCAACAUCCUGAGGAGUCAAACCACUUAGACUUUGGCAUCGCCACCUUUCUCGCAACCGGUGGAGAUAUUGCCAAAGCAUCCGAGAAGGUCAGCGGAAAAGCAAGUCGUUUUGUCAACGUCCCAAUUGAUAUCUGGAACUCUGUUGCUUGGAAGAGCCUACCUCAAGGUCCGGAUACCAAAAUUGGCUUCCAGUCUGUCAAGGACGAUAGUGGACUCCUCAUGACUUAUGGAGAGAACUUCAAGAAUUGGUGGAAUCUGUACAAGGCUAGUCCCGGCGACAAUUCGGGAUUGAUUCAGAGGGACUUUGAGUUUAUGGACAGAAUUGUGCCUGAUCGCAUCAAGAGUGUCGAGGAGUGGAUGAAGAAGGUUCAGUACACCGGAGACAAGCAGGAUCUUCUGAAUCUCGAGGCUCACACCAAAUAG